UGGCAGGCGCGCAGACCAGCUGGAGCUUGCGGCGGCCGGGACUGGAAUGGGGUGUGGAGGAGGGCGGGGUAAGAGGUCAGUGCGAGGAAGGGCCACGCCGUCUACGACAACAGCCGAGGAGGAAGAGGAGGAGGAGGAAGAAAAAGAAGAGGAAGGAGAAGGGGCUCCCGCCACCGAGGAGGACGAGGACGAGGACAAGGGGGAGCAGCUGCAGGCUGCCAGGCUUCCGCAGCUGCAGGUCCGCGGCGGGACGCACCCCCGGGCUUGCCAGCCCAGUAUGACGCCCUGGAGGCUGCUCCGCUGCUGCCAGUGGACCGCGGCCUGGGUGCCGGUGCUCUUCAUCGCCGUGGUCAUCUGCUGGUCCUACUACACCUUUGUGGUGGAGCUUUGCCUCUUUACUAUCGCUGCACAACAAGAAGAAGGAAAGGCAGCUAUCUACCUUGUGAUUUUCCAUCUGUCGUUUGUCUUGUUUAUGUGGUCCUAUUGGAAGACAAUUUUUACACCUCCUGUUUGCCCCUCCAAAGAGUUCAGUUUAUCUCAGUCCGAUGAAGAACGUUAUGAAAAAGAAGAAAGACCUGAAGUACAACAAGAAAUUUUGAAAAGAGUAGCAAAAGAGUUACCUGUCUAUACUUUGACUUCAACAAGAUUAAUCAGAUACUGUGAAAAAUGUCAGCUGAUUAAGCCUGAUCGAUGUCACCACUGCUCUGUAUGUAACAAAUGUGUUCUUAAGAUGGAUCAUCAUUGUCCUUGGGUGAAUAACUGCGUGGGAUUUUCUAACUACAAAUACUUCCUGCUGUUUUUAUUUUAUUCCCUUGUGUAUUGUAUUCUGGUGACCACAACAGUUUUAGAAUAUUUUAUAAAAUUCUGGACGACCAACCUAAAAAACACACGUGCACAAUUCCACGUCCUUUUUCUUUUCUUUGUGGCUACUAUGUUCUUCAUUAGCAUCCUGUCACUUUUCUGCUACCACCUAUGGCUAGUUGGAAAAAAUAGAACAACAAUAGAGGCAUUCCGUGCACCUGUAUUUCUAAAUGGACCUGACAAAAAUGGUUUCUUUCUUGGCUGGAGUAAAAAUUGGAGACAGGUGUUUGGAGAUGAAAAAAAAUAUUGGUUAUUUCCCAUCUUUACAAGUUUAGGUGAUGGUGUUAAUUUCCCAACUCGCCUCAUGAUGGAAACAGAACAAAUUACUGGCACAAACCCCCAUGAACACACCAGGAGUUCUGGAUCAACUCAAAACUUUCCUGUUGGGCCACUUAGUGAAUCAAAAAAUUUCUUGUUGGCCACUGGAUCAGAUCAAGAUGUCAGAUCAGGGAUAAAGAACCAUGUUACAGUUUCAAUAGAAAGUUGAUGGUCUAUUAUCCUUUGAAUGAGAAUAAGGUUUGUGCAACAUAUUCUCCUUGAAUUCUUUUUUAUUUUAUUUGGAAGAAGUGAUCAGUGGAAUGAAACAAAUCAAAUAUUAUAUAAGAUGUAUGAAAAUGAAGUCUCUGUACAGAUAAUUUGAUGCUCAUAAACAUUACUGCUGAGCAGGAAAUAAGACAGAUGCCUUAAGAACCCUAAAUGUGUGUUUAUGCAACACUGACUUAUCCUGCUCGAAAGUGACUUGAUUUUUUAAAAAAUAAUUACUUCAUAAAAUGCAAUAGUAUGUUUUAUCACACCAGAUGUUUAACUUAGUGUAUAAUUUUUUUAAAGCAUGAAUAACAUCACAGUUAUCUUAGCAUAUGUAAAAAUUGAUACUCCAGAAAAACAGGCAAAUGGAAUUCUGAUAUAGGAAGUAGAUACAGGCAGUUCUAUACAUGGCUGAAAUUCAUUAGUAAGAAUAGCAUUCCUCUUGAAAAUUUGUACUGAAUAAGAAAUAUGAUUACAGAGAAUUCUUGCGUUUUAUACUGAGAGUUUGCAAGUUUUUAAAUAGUUUUAUACUGUUAUCAUUUUUAAUAAAGGCCUUUUUUAUUGGUGGUUGUGAAGUACCUGACUACAAUCAUUAAAUAAGCCAACAUUCAUAGGUCCUAGUCAUAUGCCAUGCAGAGUAGCAUGUGACUAGGGUUUAAUGGAAACCUGGCAGCGUGGAGCUAAAGGGAUAUUUUAGCCUCAUUCUGCUCUCUGGAGAUAUUCAGGGGAUUUUGUACAAGCAGGGAAACUGAAGUACAUUUGCUGCAUGAAGAUUCUUACGUCCUUUGAGUAAUAUGGGGAAUACUUUGUAGAUAGAGGACCAAGGCAUAAGUAAACUUGGGCAGGGCAAGGCAGGGCAGUGACAUUUUCCCUACAUUUUUUUAGAAUGUAAUACAUUGAAAGUGUGUUUUAGUGUCAUUUAAAUUUCAUUUAAAUUAGGAAAUUAUUCUGUUCCACUAAUGAAAGUGGAAACUGGCUAACCUCAGGAAAUAUAGACUCUAAAUUGUUUAGUCCAUCUUCAACACAAUAUUCCCUACUUCCUAAGAAAUGAAAUAUGGCUUUGAAUGUUGGUUGGAUAAAAACUUUUUGGGGGGAGGUUUCUUUUAAAAUCUAAUAACACACAGGUUGUGGAUUCAUCUUCAUUAAUAUGUAACAUGUAUUUGUUCAUUGGAAAUAGCAUAGGAAUAAUUUCUGCUAUUUUUCAAUAGCAGAAUUGUUUGUUUGUAAUUGUAAUUGUUUCUGGCAAUGAGUUUUUAAAAGAUUAAGCCUUUUAAUUUAUCUAAACAUAGGUGUUGGAAAGUUAUCUCACACACCACCUCUCUCUCUAAAAAAGAGCUUACAUAUGUUGCUUGCUAAAUGCUUCCAAAAUGACUUAGCCAGUUCAAGCAUUAUUAUUUAAUUCCACAUUUUAGCGCUGAUUAAUAUUGAACAUUCUGGUCAUACUUUAUAGAUGACUUACCUAAUUUUUGAAUUAUUCAACCAACAUCGGCUUUCAAAAUUAUCUACUUCCUUGAGAACAAAAGGAAUAAAUAAGCUUUAAAAAUCCAGUUGGUAAACUCUAGAGUAUUAAUUUAUGCCCUGUUUUAUUCUUUAGUCUUAUUAGGCUUUAUUCAAAUUUGGAUCAAUCUUAAAUAAGAUGUGAAAGGAACUUCAUUACCAGUCAAAUGUACCAACUAGUUUAAUCUGACAGCAUUCACUUUAGAUAUCUAUAGAUAAAUGUUCAAAUGAUGUGAUUGUAAUCAGAAAUAUUCUACUGGUGCUUCUGUCCAUUGUUUGGCCUUUCAUAUUUAGGAAGACAUCUUUGAUCUGCAUGUUUUUUCAUCAUCAUACUUGUACAGGUACUUUUAUGGUGCUUGGUAUCUCUUUCAAAUCCUUUUACUUCAGUUAAUUCUUUGAAAAACUAGCACAUGAAGCUCCAACCCCAUCCCUUAUUGUAAGCCUGUGUAGUUUGAAUUUGACCUAUCAGCAUGUAUGAUCUGAUCUUAGUGUAUAUCAGUAACAUUAGCACCAUUCUGGAAUAAUAUUUGACUGAAUAUGUGCCUGUUUCCUAAUGAUCCAGUACUGAAAAAAUCAGGGGCAGUGAGUAGACUGGUUUAGGGAAGGCUGCUACAUCUGUAUUUAUUCUGGCAUUAACUAAUACUAUUAAUCAAUUUCAAGAAGACAAUUUUUUUAAAAGACUAUCUGUUUACAAAUCAAAAGUACUACUUUUUUUCCUUUGAAUACUUUAAAAAAUUAGGGUAAUUGGAGAAAAUAAAAUUGAAUUCCAAGUAGUUACUCUUUUCAGUUAACAAAUUAGAAAAGAUUUUCUAUCUUAAAUUUAGCUAGACAUUCAGCAUAUACAGGAUCCUAUCAGUAUCACUACAUGAAACCAAAGAGCAGGUGAACUUGUUUACAAAAGUCCAGGAUCAUCUUUAUGUAGGGGUCUGCUUUUAAUGUAUUUUUACAUAUGUAGUGAUCAUAGUAACAUAAAUGAUCAUUGUCAUUUUAUAUCUAAUAUGCAAUGGUUACUUGAAUUUUGUUUCCACAAGGUAGCUGAUUUUGACCAUCUUUGCAGUAUCACUUAUUAGACCAUCAAAUAUUUGGGAUUUCUACACACUAAUCUCUAAAGCAGAUGUGUUAAGGGCUUAGUGUUAGGAUUUCUAAAUUGCUAGGACCUAAGAAUUGACAGUGUCCUUCAGAUUUCUACUGUUUGCAUUUUUGCCUAGGUCACAGAAUCACAUUCUGUACACCAAAAUACUUGCAGAGCAUAUAACAUCAUUUCACUCUUAAGGUGGUAUUAAAUUCAUGACAUUUUUGCAUUUUAGCCAGAAUAAGGACCAUACCCAAUACUGCAUUAUGAUUUUUAAAAAUAUGUAAAAAUGAAAUCUGUGUUCCAUAGUAUCUAGAUUAUGUAUUUUUCAACCUGAAUUCUAAAUAAGUUUUUAAAAGUCCAUAUUUUUCUAAUGACUUCAUCUUACAUUAUUAUAUUGUGUUACAUAAAGAAGCAAAGAACUGUAUUUAAGUCUAUGGGUCAUACAGAACCAUGAAAUAUGUCAAGUUUAUUAUAUUUGUAUAUGAUUGCAGAUGAGACUGUUCCUACUUAAAGGAAAACAUGGCCACUUGUAAUAUUUUGAAAUGUUUUUUUAAGAAAUGCUUUUAUAUAAACAGAUUUUAAAUACAUUUGUUUUGGGUUUAUUCAUAUUUUUACUUGUAUCAUAAGUCAUAUGUAUAGUUUUUCACAAAUGUAUCAUUGGACCAUUACUUAAUGUUGAAUAAACUUGCAUUAAACUUCUUGAACUAUUUAGAUAUUAACAUGAAUAUAAAACAUUUUUGUUUCUUUUUUUCCUUCAAAAAAUUAUGUUUGAUGACUUUAUUAAAAUCCAGAAAUUAAGUACUUUAA